GCACCUUGAUGACGCAAUCAUAGCAGCAGCUGUGACGUUAGCUGCUGUUUUUGUUUUUUGGGACAUCGUAGUGUUUUAACCACGGACUGAUUUCACAACGAGAUGUCCUCUUUGUGCGGCCCCAGCAACAGCUACCAUGAUGCAGAUCAAGAGGCCGCAGAGAGACAGGAGAAGGAGCAUCCUCGUGUCCUCAUCCCGGAGUUGUGCCGACUCUUCUACCAGCUGGGAUGGGUGACCGGGACCGGCGGAGGGAUCAGUCUGAGACGAGGGGAGCAGAUCUUCAUUGCCCCAUCCGGUGUUCAGAAAGAGAGAAUACAGCCAGAAGACAUGUUUGUGUGUGACGUGGAAGAGAGGGACAUCAGCUGUCCACCUGCCUGGAAGAACUUGAGGAAGAGCCAGUGUACACCGCUUUUUAUGAACGCCUAUACUAUGAGAGGGGCACAGGCAGUUAUACACACCCACUCCAAGGCUGCUGUCAUGGCAACACUGCUGUAUCCUGGCAAAGAGUUCAGGAUAACACACCAGGAGAUGAUCAAGGGGAUUCGUAAAGGCACCUCAGGCACCAACUAUCGAUACGACGAAUGCCUGGUGGUGCCUAUUGUUGAAAACACACCAGAGGAGAUGAACUUGAGAGACCGGAUGGCUCGGGCUAUGGAGGAAUACCCAGAUUCAUGUGCCGUCCUCGUCCGCCGACAUGGGGUCUAUGUCUGGGGCGAGUCGUGGGAAAAAGCCAAGACCAUGUGUGAAUGCUACGACUACCUGUUUGACAUGGCUGUGCAGAUGAAGCAGUGCGGACUGGACCCUUCUGCCCUCCCAACAGAAGAAAACGGAAUAGUUUGACAUUCACCGGUUGUUUGGUUUUUUUUUUGUAAAAGAGACAUGUGUUGCAGAAAGGUCAGUGGCGUUCGAUCAGGAGAGCGUGUUGUAAUCAUUUUGUCUUUCACGCCGGCCUGCUUCAAAUUUGAUGAAAUUUGAAGGUAAGGGCAGAUCCAGGGUUGGAGGAGAUUGAAUGGCUGUGAUCCAGAAGCAUCUGGAGACAAGUCGCACAAAAAAAAAAAAACCACACAGUGGGACGAGUCUUGAAUGAGCAGCUUGGCAAAUCAAGGUCCUCGGGAUCAAACGCUUUCCUUUUCAAGGUCUUGUGCAUCUCAAUUGAAUGCAAUGAUGAUGAAAUGCCUUUGCUUCAAUCAAUAUAAAAACGAUGGAAUGCAAAUCGUAAAUCGCAUAAAUUAUUUGUGUUUCUUUUCCUCAUUUUCUGGCAGCAGGCUAAGCAAUGUAGUCCAGACGUCCCCUCUCCAUGACAAUGUUUACCAGCUUCUUUUAAAAAAAAAAAUCAAAAAAUAAAGUUUUAAAAGUACAACAAUGUUUCAUUUUAAAGAACAAACAUGUACUUUUCUUUCUCACAGGGUGAUAUCUAAUGUUUCUUUAAGCUCCAAAUCAUUUCUGAAUUUUUUUAAAGCCAUGUUUUGCAUUCAAACAAACAUAAAAAUACAAACGGACAUGUAUUUCUUUUUCUCACAGGGUGAUGUCUAAUGUUUCUUUAAACUACAAAUAAUUUCUGAAUUUUUUUAAAGCCAUGUUUUGCAUGCAAAUAAACAU